CGCCCUUUUGUAAUAUUCGAUAUUUCAGGACAAAUAACCAAGAGACUUUUAUAAUUAUUUUAUACUAUAUUUUGUUUGAUGAAACAUUUUAUUACUGUCUUUUUGUUUCAUUCUGAUAAAUCUUUAUUUUAUAUAUUUAAAUUUGGUAUUGUACUUUUUUUUAUUGUAUACAAUGAUUUAUUAUGGGAAUGAUUAUAUUGUUUCAUAUUUCAAAAUGCAGAUUAAUAAAAUAAAAUUUUACAUUUCUACAAAAAUUACAGGUAAUCAUACAGACUGUUUUCUCGCAGCUUAUCUGCUGUAUAUGGAAUACAAUAACAUAACCUGAAAAUCUAACAUGAACGCAACAUAAACUUAACAAAAAGAUAUAUAAAUAUUAUAUACGAACAUAUUCUGUUUUAUAUAAUUUCAUUUUGUGAAUAUGAAAUGAAAUGAAAGUGAUAUAGAGAUUGUAAAAGUUCAAGAUAGAAAUAUUUAUAAAAGUAUAGUCAAUUAUAUGAAACAAUGUUGAAUAUUUUGUCUUAUAUAAACGCAACGAACUCUGUUUGUAAAUUACGAGUUGUUUAUCAAUCGUUGAUAAAAACUGCUAAAUAUAGAAAUUCGGUGGUUUGUAGAUCUUUUAAUUCUUCAUCCAAACCUGCAUUUGAAACAAAAAAUACAAGAGAAUGUAGCAAACAAUUUGUUGAUAUAACAAAUAUAAAUACAAAUGUACAAAACAAUGUAAUAUUGUACAAAAAUACCACUAAUACCAUAUUUUUGAAAAUAAUUUUUUUUGGAUGGGGUUUUUGUAAUAUUAUAUUAACGCUUAUUACCUUUAAUCCAAAAUAUAUAUCAAUGUGGUUUGAAGAUUUAACUUGGAAAGAAUACUUUAAAAGAAAUGGAUUAACAUGGAUAUAUUUUAUAUAUUCCAUACUAGCAGCACCUCUUGGCUGUGCAGCGUUAUAUAUAUAUAAUCAGAGAAUUAUAAAAUACAUAAUUUUACACAAAGGUGGUGAAAAUAUAUCAAUAGUUACUAAUCAUGUAUUUAAAAAUAUUAAUAUUAUAACACUUCCUCUUGAAAAGGUAUAUAUUUUUAUUGAAAUUGAUUGUUAAUAGUUAUAAAACAUUAUUUUUAUUUUAUUUUGCAGUAUAUAGCUAAGUUAGUUAUAAUAUUUUAUAGUUUCAUUUAGAUAAAUUAAAAUUAAUAUCAUUUUUUAUGUAGUUAUGAACUAAAAAUAUGA